CAUCAGUCCACCGCUCCUUCGGUGUGUUUCAUCUUCCAAAAACCAUCGCCAUAAACUCCGUGACUCAGUCUUCAAAUGUAGCGAGUCGAGAAUGAAUUAGAAGAACGAAAAGGAAGGAGGUAGAGAAAGAAAAGAAGGGCCACUCGUCAAUAGAUUCGUCAUCUCUGAAGAUACAACCUCAUGUCUCGCGGGGACUCAACAGAUGAGGCGGAGCCAUUCCUGCCACCGUCAUCUUCAUCCGAGUCUAUCGAGACUCCAAUACGUGCUUCAAAGCCAGUGCUUAUAAGAUUAUACAUCUCACACAGCCUGUCGACAUGGAAUUCACGCAUGUUUGAGUUCGGAUCGGUCUUGUUCCUGGCCUCGAUCUUCCCAGGCACUUUACUCUACGCUUCCGUAUAUGCACUGGUGCGCUCUUUGUCCGCAGUACUACUAUCGUCCUGGUUGGGCUCAGUGGUAGAUCGGUCGGACCGAUUGAAGGCGAUCCGACAGUCCAUUAUAUGGCAACGACUUCCCGUGGCAUUAUCUUGUGCGUGCUUUGCGGCGCUUCUGACCCCAUUAGGGCCGUCAUAUAUCUCUCCGCUUUUAUUCGCCGUGGUCACUUUGCUUGCGUGCUUCGAAAAACUGGCAUAUACAGCCAACACUGUGGCGGUGGAAAGAGAUUGGGCAAUCGUUGUAUCAGAUGCUUUACAAAUCCCAAGACAAGACUUGAAUGCAUCCAUGAGACGGAUAGAUCUCUUCUGCAAGCUUCUCGCUCCUGCGGUUAUCUCAUUAAUAGAUAGCUUUUCUACCCGGAGUGCGAUAUGGACGACCUUGGGCAUAAAUGCUUCAUGCGUUCUGGUAGAAUAUUUUGCAAUUGCCCAGGUAUAUAAAUCAGUGCCAGAGCUGGUGCGAAAUCAGGAAACCGAUGAGAAUCAAAAUGAAGGAGAAGAAGCAACCUCCGAUGGUCAAAUCGCUCAACGCAGCAUAGCCCACAGCACGGUGCAGUACGCUAGAAGUGCAGUUGCCCCAUGGCGCGAAUAUGUCUCAAGUCCUCUCUUUCUGGCGUCAUUUGCCCUUAGCUUACUUUAUCUUACCGUCCUUUCAUUUGGGACUACGAUGGUCACCUAUUUACUUCACACCGGAUUCAACUCUCUGCAAGUUAGUGGCAUGAGGAUUGGUGCCGUGACCGCAGAACUGUCGGGGACAUGGGCAGCCCCAUUCAUCAUGAAUAAAAUCGGACCCAUUCGAUCUGGGUUGUGGUUCUUGAAUUGGCAAUUCACCUGCUUAGCCGCUGCGAUUGCUGCCUUUGCGUUCUUCGACGACAAUUCCCAGCUCGUUGCGGUGAGUCUCAUUGUGGGCGUUGCUCUAAGUCGCAUCGGGCUUUGGGGAUUUGAUUUAUCGGUGCAGUUUCUCGUCCAGGAGGGCGUUGACGAACAUGCGCGCGCCCGCUUUUCGUCUACGGAAAUGGCACUGCAGAAUAUCUUCGAACUAUUCUCGUUUGCAACGACCAUCGUCUUCCCUCUGCCAGAGCAGUUCAAGUAUCCGGUGUAUAUCAGUUACGGGGCAAUUGCGAUGGCAGCAAUAUGCUUCGCAGCCUACGUCCGGAAGGAGAGAGGGCAUUUACUGCAUACAUCCAAGUGCUUUGGAGGUGAUAAACUGCGAUUUUCUGGUCGGGAGUUGCCCUCUAGUGACAUAUGAUGUGAUGAUAACAACUAUAUGCAUAUAUGGUCGGGGUUGUUUGUAUCACCCGUAGGAUAAACACAGAACUAAAACAUUGAAAUUUCAAUGCAUGAGAAGGACUUAGCAACCCCAAUUUAUUUCUGUAUUUUUAUAUCUC